GCCAGACCGCUGGAUCCGCAACACGACGGGGGGCGUGGCUCUAGAGCCUCUUGGAGCAAGAUGGCGGCGGGUGAAAGGGGACUGCUUUGACUGAAGGAAAGGCUGGAGUUUAGGACCUCCCUUAUGUCAUGGUACAGAAAGCCUAAUUUAAAGAAACAAAUAUCUAAUGUAGCCCUGAAGUUGCUAUAAUGGCUAGUGAUAUUUCCUGCCCCUAUGUGCGCCAAGUCUCUCUCUUUAAUGGUCUAGCUCCCAGAAAUAAGAGACCUCUUGAUUAUACAGAAGACAGCGACCCACUGGGCAGCAAGCGGUGGCGCCCAUCCUCACCUCAUGAUUCCUUCCCAAGCAAUGGGCUGGCCCCUUCCCUGGUCCAUGACUUGGAUGAUUCCCUUCUAGAUGCUUCCGAUGGAGAAAGCCUAAACUCUCCUACAGACCUCUCUCCUGAGGCUGAGGAUGAGCUCCUUGCCAGUGAGGAUGGAGAGAUGAGUCCAUACACAGAGCCUUUCCAUCCAGCUUCCAAGAAAGCCUCUGUGUGUCUAGAGACUUGGAAUCACCAAAGCCAGGGCUCCCAAAAUCAAGCCAGACUUGAUUUAGGCUCCAAGGGGCCUUUACUUCCAGAAAGUGCUUCUGUAAAUUUGGAGAAUGGGAAUGAUGUUCCCAGUGCCAUAGAAAAGGUAUCUGCAGAGUCAAGGAGAGAGACCAGUGCAGGAGGUGAAAGGCCCUCAGUCGGACAGGCUUUCAUAGAUCAAAAGGAGCCACGAGGGGAGAAUGCCAACAACACUGCAGUUACAUUAACUGUUGGCUCACAGUUCCAGAUUGCACCAUCCUGUUCCAGCUCUGUCAGGGAACAAAGAGAAAACCAUGGACAAGAUCCUCCGACCAGAGAAUCAAACAGGCCUAGACGAAUCUGCAUCCAGGAGACGGACCUCGAAUCCAGCAAGGAGAAAUACAUCAACGCUGUGCUCAACCACGCUUGCCGCGGAGAACCCAUCAUAGGUGCAGUCAAUGAGAUGCUGGCGUUGAUGCAGAAGGUCGCUUCCGAAUACAAGGGGUACAGCUCUCAGCACACAACCGACCUGACUGUGAGGAACUAUGCGCAGCGCAGUAAAGACCCAUCCCAGACCUUCAGCCUUUCCCAGUGGGUUGAACGGAACGGCCGCAACAUUCCUCGGUUCGCAUCUCUCCCAGAAGACUUCCAGCGCAGCCCAAUCCCAAGCUAGACGACACCUCAGAGAAGAAGGUGUAUUUUUUUUAUCCUCCGCUUUACCUUAUUUUAUUUUUUUAACAUGAAAGCCAAUUCAGGCCUAAAUCCAGUGUCUCGUCCUAUCAGAAUAAACCCAUUGACUGACUCAGUGUAAUUUAUGUAAGUCUUAGUUUACCACUUAAUGGUGGAUUCAGUGGAUCUUCAAGUUCAGUGUUUAUGCUUUUGUUAGAAAGAGAUGCCUUGCCCUUGGUUUGUCUUGGGAGGUGGUUGAGCUUUGACUAUUCUGAAAUACGUUUCACUGUGAUAAACUUUAUAAACGUUUUUGUCUUUUCGA